AUGACAACUAUUCCAUUCUUGAACCAACACUCAAGUCAACCCAAUUCUAACGGGCCAUUCGCCCAUGGAACCUCAAAGAUCAAUGGACCCAGUUCUCUUGAACUGGGAGGUGCCGAGGACCAUAAUUCUAAGCCUGGCGGAUAUAGCAUCACGUGUAUACUGUUUACAGGUCUAAUUGCUGUUAUUGCAGUUUUUGUUCUCAUUGCUUGCCUUGUGAACUCUGUUCAUAGGGUAAAUGAAGGAAAUGUUGGAGUAUAUUUUAGAAGUGGAGCACUUUUAGACUCUCUUGCUGGGCCGGGGCUUCACACUGCAUUACCAUUCAUUACAACUAUGAUGGAAGUAGUAGUUCGACCGGAAACCACCUACCUGGAUCCGUUAACGUGUACAACAUCCGACGGAGUGACGAAUAUAUUUCGAAAUGUUCAAGUAAUUUGUUCAGUUGAUCAAAGCAAGCUCAGAUACUUGAUAACAAACUAUGGGAAUGAUAUGAAGAAAGUUCUUGUUUACGAUCGGGUGGCUGAAGCUGUUCAAGCGUUCUGUGCCAACAGCUCUAUUGAUGAAGUUUACAAUAGUAAAUUUCUUGAAAUCGAGGGCUUUGUAAAAGAAAUGGUUACAGAAAAAAUCAAAGUACUUGCAGACGAAGCCAUUACUGUUCUAAAUCUUUUUAUCCCAAAGCCUGACAUUCCACCUAUGAUAGCUCAAAACUAUCGAGAAGUGAAGAUUGAGUGGACAAAAAAGCUUGUGGCCGAAGAGAAGAAAAAGAUCGAGAAGAUUAAAAAGGAAACUGAAAUUCAAACAGCCCUCCUUGAAGCAGAGAAGGCCAAACAAGUGAGUGAAAUCUUAACGAUGCAAGAAAUAAAAAGAGCUGAAGGGUUGGAUAAAAUAGCUGAUAUUGAUAAUGAAAGAAGAAGGAAAAUAGGUCAGACAGAUUCUGAUAUUUCAACAUUUACAGCUUUAAGUGAUGCAGCUGUUAAUAAGGAGCUUCUCACGGAUCAGUUCAUUAAACUUCAGUUGACAAAGGCUUUGAUGAAUAACACCAAGAUGUAUUUUAGCGGACAAGAUUCUGCAGUUGGUGGUCUCAUUAACACAGUUUUGGGGGGAGUUUUCUCUGGAAAUUAA